AUGGUUGUAGUUGAUAACCACGAGUAUCUGACUGAGGAAGAGAAGCGCCUCAAGGAGGAUCGUGACCGCACCAAGUACUGGAAGCAAUGGGGUCCCUAUGUCGCGGAGCGUCAAUGGGCUACAGUGCGCGAGGACUACAGCGCUGAUGGCGACGCCUGGAGUCACUUCACCCACGACGACGCUCGAUCCCGUGCUUUCCGCUGGGGCGAAGACGGUAUCGCUGGAGUAUCGGAUACCCAUGGCCUACAGAACAUCGCCUUCGCCUUCUGGAACGAGCAAGAUCCUUUCCUCAAGGAGCGACUCUUCGGCCUGGCGAAUCCCCAGGGAAACCAUGGCGAAAGCAUCAAGGAAGCUCACUUCCACUCGGACAACACUCCUCAUUCCUACAUGAAAUACCUUUACAAGUAUCCGCAAAAAGCAUUUCCCUACGAAGAUCUCCUGAAGGAGAAUGCUAAAAGGUCCAAAGAAGAGAAGGAGUACCAGAUCAUCGAUACUGGAAUCUUCGAGGAAGACCGGUACUGGGAUAUCGUGAUUGAGACCGCCAAGGAAGCCAACGACCCGGAGGAGAUCCUCUUCCGCGUCACUGCCUGGAACAGAGGCCCCGAACCAGCGCCCCUCCAUAUCGUCCCCCAUGUUUGGUUCCGGAAUACCUGGGCUUGGGGCCGAGAGCCUGAAGACAAGAAGCCUUCCAUCUCGGCACACGAGGAGAACAUGGCCAAGUCGAGCCACCACAAACUUGGGGACCGCUACGUCUUGAUGUCGCCUUCGCCUGGCGUUGGCACAAGCGGUGAAGAUGUCCAGCCCGAGCUCAUCUUCACCGACAACGACACCAACUACAAGCUCCUGUAUGGUGGGGAAAACAAGGUCCCGUACGUCAAGGACGCUUUCCACCAGUACAUCGUCGAUGGCGAGAAGAAGGCUGUUAACCCAGCCAAGACUGGGACGAAAUGCGCCGCUUGGUUCCCCUUCAACGAGUCUGGUGGUGUUGCUCCUGGAGAAUGCGCCGUUGUUCGUUUCCGAUUCUCGAAGAAGAGCGAUACCUACCUCGACGAAGAGGAGUUCGACGAGGUAAUCGAGAAGAGAAGAGAAGAAGCCGACGACUUCUACUACCGCAUCAGUCCGCUGCCCAUGUCCGACGAUCUUCGGAAUAUUCAACGCCAGGCCUUUUCGGGAAUGAUGUGGUGCAAGCAAUAUUAUCAGUUCAUCUGGGACCAGUGGGCCAAUGGUGACCCCGCUCAACCACCACCGCCCCCGGAGAGGAAAGCAAUCAGGAAUGCUCAGUGGAAGCACCUGCACAUCGACGACAUCUUGUCUAUGCCAGACUCUUGGGAGUACCCUUUCUUUGCUGCUUGGGAUUCGGCAUUUCACUGUAUCCCGCUUGCUAUGAUCGACCCAGAAUUUGCGAAGAAGCAGAUCGACCUGUUCACAAGGGAGUGGUACUGCCAUCCGAAUGGCCAACUACCUGCGUAUGAAUGGAACUUUGGUGAUGUCAACCCACCCGUACAUGCCUGGGCGACAUUCCGUGUCUUCAAGAUUGAGCGCAAGAUGUACGGAAGACAAGACAUUGACUUCCUCGAGAGGGUCUUCCAGAAGCUGCUGUUAAACUUCACCUGGUGGGUCAACCGGAAGGAUGUGGACGGCAAAAAUGUCUUCGAGGGUGGUUUCCUGGGGUUGGACAACAUUGGUCUGUUCAACCGUUCCGAACCUUUGCCUACCGGUGGUGUCCUGGAACAAGCCGACAGCACGGGCUGGAUGGCCUUCUACUGUCUUUGCAUGCUGAACAUCGCACUCGAGCUGGCAAAGCACAGAAGGAUAUACGAAGACAUUGCUUCCAAGUUCUUCGAGCACUUCAUUUUCAUCAGCGAUGCGAUGACUUUCAAAGCUGGACAAGACGAGAAGUCAUUGUGGAAUGACGAGGAUGGAUUCUACUACGACGCGAUUUCCUAUGGCGGCCCCUGGAUCCAACAGCUUCCCGUCCGGUCCCUCGUGGGGCUGAUCCCGCUCUAUGCGACUUUGACGUUGGAGCCGGAGCUGAUCAACAAACUCCCCUCUUUCAAGAAGCGCGUCAAUUGGUUCAUGGAGAACCGCUGUGACAUGGCGGAGAGAAACAUGGCCAGUAUUCGGAAGAGGGGCAAGGGUGACCGGAUCUUGCUUUCCAUGGUCAGCCAAGAUCGACUGGAAAAGAUUCUCAAGCGCAUGCUUGACGAGAGUGAGUUCUUCAGCGAACACGGUAUACGGUCCCUCUCGAGAUAUCACAAGGACCACCCCUACUCCAUGGAUGUCAACGGGCAACAGUUCAAGGUAGGCUAUGUCCCCGGUGACUCAGACAGCGGUUUGUUUGGUGGCAACAGUAAUUGGAGAGGACCCAUAUGGCUUUGCGUCAACUUCCUACUGGUAGAGGCUCUUCAGCGUUUCUAUCUCUUCUACGGACCUGGGUUCCAAGUCGAAUGUCCUACGGGAUCCGGCGACUACAUGCACCUUGGACACGUCUCUGAAGAGAUUCAGCAUCGUUUACAACAUUUGUUUGCUCGUGGCGAUGAUGGCCGCCGCAGUGUCAAUGCCGGGAGCGACCUGCUCGACUUCGAUCAGCAUUGGAAGGAUAACAUGUGGUUCCACGAGUUCUUUGACGGUGACACGGGGCGUGGGUUGGGUGCAACUCAUCAGUGUGGCUGGACCGGUUUGAUCGCUCGGAUGAUCCACGACACUGGUAUUAGCUGCCGCCUUCCCCAAACGCCACGAACCCCGUCUGUCGGCAUGGCACACUACUUUGACGAUAUCCUUCACCGGCACGUCAACGUUGGCAGUCCGAAGGCCGAGAAGCCCCGUAUGCGUCGGUCAUCCACGGCACGGUCGAUGGGUGCACGAAGUGAUUUCGACAACUCGGUCUACGGGGAUGACGACGAUGACCCCGAACGCGAAGCACAGCGCAAGGAGGCAGACGCCCACCUGCAUUCGUACAUCUCAGACCAACUGCAGAGAGUGAAGGAUCACGAUGAGCAUAAUGGCUAUGCUGAUGGCGAGGAGUACGAGGCUCAUGCUUAG